AUGCGCGUGUUUUCUUACGCAUCGCGGCCAUCAUGGAUGGGUUUCCUAACUGCCGCUCUAAUGGGCACUUCAACUGUGAAAGCAGUAGAGCUGGACCUGGAUGAUGGAGACUCCAUCAAAAAAGCUGCCAAAGACGUCGCAACCAACAUGAUGACAUACUACACCGGCAUGAACCCAGGUGACAAUCCAGGAAACUUGCCGGACCCCUACUACUGGUGGGAGGCCGGUGCGAUGUUUAACGCCCUGAUCGACUACUGGUUCUACACGGGCGACGAUACCUGGAACGACAUCACGAUACAGGGCAUGCUUUGGCAGGCGGGCGAAAACAAAGCUUUUAUGCCGAACAAUCAGAGCAAAACCGAAGGUAACGACGAUCAAGUAUUCUGGGGCUUUGCUGCGAUGUCUGCUGCAGAGCGCAACUUCCCCAAUCCGCCAGAGGAUCAACCUCAAUGGCUCGAAAUGGCCCAGGCUGUGUUCAAUACUCAAGCUCCCCGAUGGGAUCCCUCGUCUUGUGGUGGAGGUCUUCGCUGGCAGAUCUUUACCUGGAAUAACGGCUAUAACUACAAGAAUACGAUCUCCACAGGCGGAUUUUUCAACCUUGCUUCCCGCCUGGCGAAGUAUACCAAGAACGAAACGUACGCAGAAUGGGCUGAAAAAGCGUGGGACUGGACCGCCGAUGUCGGCUUCAUGACACCCGAAUAUCGCUUCUGGGAUGGAGCGAGUGACUUAAGCAACUGCACUCCCAUCAAUCAGAUUGAGUGGACCUAUAAUGCCGGUGUUUACUUGCUUGGUGCUGCCAAUAUGUACAAUCUGACCGAAGAUUCCAAAUGGAAGGAACGCACCGAGAAGAUCAUUGACUCUUCAGGCGUCUUCUUUUCUCAGGAUCCGCCUGAUGUAAUGUACGAGCGAGCUUGUGAGACGGUCAGCACGUGCAUGGUUGAUCAGCGUUCCUUCAAGGGAUAUCUUGCACGCUGGAUGGCUCAAACCACCCAAAUGGCUCCCUUCACGUAUGACAAGAUCAUGAAACGAUUGAGGGCUUCUGGUCAAGCAGCUGCCAAGACCUGUACAGGAGGCUCCAAAGGAACGACAUGUGGUCUCAAAUGGACAGAACAAAAGUGGGAUAAGACCAAAGACUUCGGUCAGCAGAUGGCCGCCCUCGAGGUGAUUCAAUCGAACCUUAUCACCCGUGUAUCGGCACCUGUCACCGAUGAUGAUGGUGGCACGAGUAAGGGAGAUCCAAAUGCUGGCUCUAAGCCUCCUAAGACGGUGCCUCCUGCUCUGGCCUACUCUAUCACCACGGCUGACAAGGCCGGUGCAGGUAUUCUCACUGCGCUUGUGCUGAUAGGUAUCGGUGGGUCCACGGGUUGGUUGAUUUGGGAAUGA